GUGUGUGUGUGUGUGUGUGUGUGUUUGUUUGUGUCUGUUUUUGUCUGCGUUUAUGUGGUUUCCUCCAUGUUUGUAUGUCAGUAGUUUUGAGUUUCUAUGUUUGUCUGUGUGUCUGGUGUUUUGUUUAUGAGCAUCUUGUGUGCGGGUGUGUGUUUGUAUCUGGUUUUGUGUGUGUGCGUGUUUAUAUAUGAUUUGAUCUAUUUUUUGUGUGUGUGCGGGCAAUUUUGAGUGUGUCUAUGUUUGUGUGUGUGUGUGUCUGAUGUUUUGUUUAUGUGCAUCGUGUGUGUUGCACCUGAGUGUGUGUGUGUUCCUGCCUGUCACUAUAUGUGUGUGUGUGUGUGUGUGUCUACCCCGAUAGGUGUGCAAAUUGCUUGGAUUCCUCUAGGACCCGGUGGGAGCGCUGUACACUCGGGCUACGCCGCACGUCAGUGACUGAAUGUACACGGAAGAGGAGGAGGCGGAGGCUGCAGCCAGUCAGCGAGGUACAAAGAACUGGGCAUUCACCUUUAAAUCCGUCCAUUUAAACAAAAUACUUCCUACUCUCGGCGCCGGCUCCCAUGGAUCCCACUUACCUGCGCACGGAGGCGGAUAAGGAGCAGCGGGCUUAAGCUGACAACCCAGGUUGACAAGAGGUCGGGUUUGACAGUCAGGAGGGCAGCGAGACGGAGCCGAUGGGGGACGUGGGCGCUCGCCGUUCUACGCUGGUGUCCAGGCUGCCCAUAUUCAGGCGGAGCUCCUCGAAAAGACGCGACUCCCUUCCGUCCUCCCCGUCGUCCGCCACCAAUGGAGUCCACACCUCCUCCCCGUCCAGCACCAACUCCAGCUCUAGCAGCGUGGGUAAGCGGAGGAGCAUCUUCCGCACCCCCUCCAUCGGCUUCCACUCCAAGAAGAGCCAAGAGCAUCGCCUGGAGCCCCGCGACCCCAACGCCAUCCUCCCCAACGGCGUCCAGGCGCCAGACGGUGCGGGCAGGAAGGACAACGUCAACGAGAAUCCCAAGACCAAGAGCCGGCAUUCAUUUGGGUUGAGUGUCCCCCGGAGCAAGAGGAUCACCAGAUCGGCGACUGAAGACUUUGAGAAAGGGAAGGACCUCUCCCACAACAAAAACGUCUUCAUGAACUGCAUUAGCUCGGGGAGGUCGAGCAUGGACGAGGGAGAUGAUUCUGGCUUCCCCGAUGACAGCAAGCGGACCAUCAAGCAGUCCAGCAGAAAGCUGCUUCCCAAGUCCUUCUCCACGCACCACAAGCUCUCCAAACACAUUGCACGGAGUCAGUCCAUAGCCACAGCAGAGCAGCCCAAGGUGUCACCAGAGGUCACUGUGGACUCUUUGAGGCGUCCUGUGAUUGAAGAGCCCUCGAAGUAUCUGCAGGUUGACAACCCGGAAGGUUCUCUGCACUCACCGCUGCUCUCCAGCGACAACACCACCAUACUGACCCCGUCUGAAUUUGUGCCAAUGUCAGCCGACUCGGUCUCCGAGGCCGACAAGGAGAUUUUGGUCUCGGCCGAUCCUGACCGCGGCAAUGGCCAGUUCGAUGCGGCCGUCGCCGCUGCUGCUCCCACCACCGUCAACGCGCCCAGCCUUGCCGCUAGAGUCUUGACCUACGCGGAGUGCAGCGUCGAGAAGGAGACGGCCCUGCUUUCAGACGUGUUCGCCCUCGAAACCCACCCUUACCGUCCCCAAGUGGCGCUCAGAGGGCAAGGAAGUCCACUGAUGGUUGGCCGCUUGGAAACAAAGGACGUGGUCCCUCGUGAACCACAAGCCGAUCUCACCGCUGAGGAGGUUGCUUCUGUUGCUCAUGAUCUUUCAUCACCUCAAAGUGGACCAGAGACGAUGAACCCUUCCAUUGGGAAGACCUGCAUGUUAGCCAGCACUAACUCUGUCUCUAUGAUGAAACCUCAGGAGCAAAGCCAAGGAACAUCUCAUUCAACAGUGACGAUGAACAGGACCUUCAGCCCCCGGCACGAAGACAAAUGGGCGGAGAGGCGCCUGAGGUCAUCCUCGGAAGGCACGUCGGGGAGCCGGAGAAACCACGGUGUCAGAGACGGCCGGCCUGAGGAUCUGCCCUGCCUGACGAAGCAGAGAGCUGAUUCCUCAUCCUCCAAGAUGAACAGCAUGGAUGUUUUAAACAGACUGGGCUCGUGUGACUUGGAUGAGGAUGAUCUAAUGUUGGAUUUGGAGUGCGUGGAAGACCUGCAUCACCAGUGUGAGAGUGCCGCGGCUAAACGUUUUGUGUGCCGGGAAGACUCGAACCACUCCAUUAAAUCAUGUUUGGAAAUUCUACACGUUCCACCUGAACUGAAGAUGAAGCUCGAAGGACCAAAGCUCCCAGAGGCUGCAAACGAGUCUUUGUGUAUAAAGGAAGGUGAACAUGGGGAGAUCCGACCCGCUCACAACAACCACUGGCUUGGUGGAUCACCAUCUGACUGUACCCUUCUGCGGGAGGAAGAGACGGCUGGUGGUCUGGACCCCUUGUCUUUGCGACUGUUGAUGCAGGACUGCACAGCAGUGAGGACCAUGCUUCUCAAGCUGAAGAGGAUUCUGCAGGAGAGUGCAGAGAUGAGUCCGGCGAGCAGCACACAUUCUCUUCCUGUCAGUCCUAACAUCGAGAUGCCCUUUGCUUGCAAGGACCCGAAAGAUGAAAGUGCACUUCUCAGGCUUCAGCUGAGGGAGAAGGAUGAACUGAUUGCGCAACUUCGAGAAGAACUUGAUAGCCAUCGAAGUUUGCAAAAGACACUCACCUCGCAAGCUGACAAGUCCACGCAAACGGAGAUCCUCAGUCACGAGGCUUCGUAUCUAAUCCGAACCGUGAACCAACCUCUCAUCACAAGGGACAGAAGAUUAGCACCUCUACGCACAGAGGACCCAUGUAAAUACUCAGUACCUACACAGGCUGCUGCCUGUGAGAUUAAACCUUGUCAGCUCUCAAGCACAUACACCGGACAGCACCCAAAACUACCAGAGGCUGGGCGGGGGUUCAAGUCACUGAACGGCGGGGGGGAGAAUCCUUCAUCAGAACUGCUGCAAAACAUUCAGAGCAAUGGAUCCUGCAGGAGUUCCAUGCAGGGUAAUGUCAAGGCUGCGGGAAACGUGGAAGAGGUCUCGGAACUGGCAAGAAACUGGAAGGAUAAGGCGCCCGUGCCCAGGCAGCAGUCUGUCUUCGUGGGGCGGCUUGGGCAGCCUCCGCGGGGACCCCUCUCCUUGCACAUGUACAGCAGAAAGAAUGUUUUCCUCCAGCACAGUCUGCACACCUCUGACCUGCAGGCUCUGGGUCAGAAAGAAGGCUAAACCACAUUGCUGGCCGGAGAAUGGAUAUACGGAACUCACUGCUGCUUCUGCCGUGGCUGAGUUUCACCCAGGUACCAAAGGGAGGGGAAACCUCCUCCCCGAAACUCACCAAGCCUUUUGAUACUGCUGCCUCCCACAUUUUCCAAGAUUUCACUGACUUUUUUUCAUAACUAUUUCUAUCCAAAAAAAAUAUAUAAAAGCCAUUUUUCCAUAGGAACCUUAAUCCAACUGAGCAGAGGUGUGAUAAGUGGUAUCUUUCAUUUGGGAGAAAGGAUAAGGGAGCAUCGGUCUUUCAACGAGACAGCACAGGAACGGUGGGACAUAUAGGUGACACUUCUGGGCUGUAAGAUUCUCUGAUUGUGCUAGUCAGUGAGGUCUCAUUCCAUGUCUGCUAACAUGGCUGUAUCAUUUCCUAUAUUUAAACAAAAAGAGAAAAAAGAUAGAAAUGAAUGUUUUAAUAGCUGAAAUGCAUUUGUAUGUGGAAACUAUUUACUUAUAGAGAAAGGGAGCAUGUUAAAAAUUAACCUUGCAUUUUCUGGAUGUGGAGUUUCACAGGAUGGCAUGCUUUCGUGAUGAGAAAUGUCAACUUACUUUAUUACUGACUCUGAUUUUGAUUCCACAAGGCGGGCAGGUGUGUCUUUCGUAGUUGGUGAGUGAGAGGAUUGUUCGUGACUGUAAACGUGCCAGCUUUGUAUGGCACGAGGACAUUGAAAGCAGAAGGAGUCUCUCCAUUUAAAGCCAUUUCCCCAAAGUCUCGUGUUGCAUUUUCAAUCGGGUGAAUUUUAUUGGGGACAAGGCAAGAAUGUGCGCGCCUUAUGUUUUACACCACGAGCAGGAGGCUUGAAAUGCGAGGGAGUUUUUUAAUUGACUCUUCCAGUCCUGAAAAUAACACUUGUAAGAUAUGGGUGAGUUGCAUUUUUCCAAAACAAGCAUUGAGACGCUUCCAAAAAAUUAAAUUACCAAGCAAGUUAUUUUGGUUUAGACUGCCUUGCUUUAUAAUUAUAAUGUAUUAUUCCAUCCUUUCGAAUUUUCUUGCCCGUUUUAUUUAUCCUUCCACUGGAAAUAAAUAGGAGGAAUGGUACUACACAGUGCCAGAGACCUUGGUUUAUUCCUGACCUCGGGUGCUGUCUAUGACCGCUGGGGUUUCCUCCAAGUCCUCCGGUUCCCUCCCACUUCUCACAGAUGUGCAGAUUUGUAGAUUAACACAAAGUGUUGGAGUAACAGCAGAUCAGGCAGCAUCUCUGGAGAAAUAGGCUGGGUAACGUUUCAGGUCAGAACCGACCAAUGUCCAAAGAAGGGUUCCGACCCAAAACAUCACCCACCAUUUUUUCUGCAGGGAUGCUGCUUGACCUGCUAAUUUACACCAGCACUUUGGGUCCAGCAGCAUCUGCAGUUCCUUCCUACACAGGUUUGUAGGUUAAUUGCCCUCUGUAAACUGCCCUUUACAGGUUAGGGAGUGGGAAAGUGUCACAGAGACAUACAGCUUGGAAACAGGCCCUUCAGCCCAACUUGCCCACACUGAUCAAUGUAUCCCAUUUAUACUAAUCCCACCUGCGUGCAUUUGGCCGAUAUCCAUCCAAACCUGACGUAUCCAUGUACCUAAUUGUUUCUAAAACAAUGCGAUAGUCCCUGCCUCAACUACCUCCUCUGGCAGCUUGUUCCACCAUCCUUUGUAUAAAAAAGUUACCUCUCAGAUUCCUAUUAAAUCUUUCUCCCUUCACCUUAAACCUAUGUCCCCUGGUUCUCAAUUCCCCUACUCUGGGCAAGAGACUCCGUGCAUCUACCUGAACUAUUACUCUCUAGAUUUCAUACACCUCUGUAAGAUUACCCUUCCUCCUGCACUCCAAAGUAUAGAGUCCCUUCUUGCUCAACCUCUCCCUAUAGCUCUGGCCCUCGAGUCCUGACAACAUCCUUGUAAAUCAUCUCUGUACCCAUUAACUUGAUAACAUUGUUUCUAUACCAUGGUGCCCAGAACUGAACACAAUAUUCUAAAUGUGGCCGCACCAAAGUCUUAUAUAUCUGCAAUAUGACCUCCCAACUUCUAUACUCAAUACUCUGACUGAUGAAGGCCAAUGUACCAAAAGCCGUUUUGAACACCCUAUCGACCUGUGACGCCACCUUCAAGGAACUAUGUACUGGCACUCCUAGAUCCCUCUGCUCUACAACACUCCCGAGUCCUACCUUUCACUGUGUAGGUACUGCCCAUGGUAGACUUUCCAAAAUGCAACACAUUACAUUUAAAUUCAAUUAACCAUUCCGCAGCCCACCUGCUGCAAUCUUUCACAACCAUCUUUACUACCUGCAAUACCACCCAGCUUUGUGUCAUCAGCAAACUUGGCAAAGUGGAAUAACAUAGAACUAGUGUGAACAGGUGAUCAAUGGGUAGUGUGGACUUGAUGGCCAAAUAACAGUUUCCCUCCUGUAUCUGUAAACUAAACUAAACUAAACAUAUAUCCAUUAUGUUCAGGUGGAAAGUAGUUUAAUUUAGCAUUAUGUUUGGCAUGAACAUUGUGGGCCAGAGGGUCUGUUCCUGCACUGUUCUAUGUCCUAUGUUCUGUCAUUUUCCACCUGAAUACAUGAUGAUGGACCAGGUUUGAGGAAGCAGUCUCUCAGACAGAUAGUUGGUGUUGACUGCUUCCUCAACUGGAGUAAAGGUUCCGUGUUCCUGCAUUUCCAGUGAGCAACAUACUGUGUGAAUAUUUUUUAAUUAAUCCACCACCCCCAACCAACUCCCAUUGCUCAAACUUAAUUUAAUGUUCUCACAGUAACUACCCAGUUCUCCCCAAGGACUCUAAGUGGAAACAAGGAACUGCAAAUGCUGGAUUACAUAAAAUGUUGGAGAAAAUCAGCGGGUCAGGCAACAUCACUGGAGAACAUGUAUAGGUGACAUUUCGGGUCGAGAUCCUUCUUCAGACGGAUUCCAACCCAAAACGUCACCUAUCCAUGUUCUGCAGAGAUCCAUGCUGCCUUAUCCAGUUAGUCUGAAAAGAAAACUGAUACAAAGAUUAUAAGGAUAUAGCAGGAAUGUGGAAUUAAAGCCAAGAUCAGAUCAGCCGUGAUCUUAUUGAGUUGGCUCAAGAUGUCAUGCUUCCAUUUCUUAUGUUCUUGCACCUCAUCCUACAUUUUCUCAAGCCCCAUCCAUUAAAAUUCCAAGCAUCACAUCCAGUUGUUUCCAUGCCAAUCCAGGGAGAACAGUUCUGCCUUCACUUUGCACAACCAAUUUAACUUUGGGCAAAGCUCUAUUUUGAACAGGGGAAGACAAUCUAUCUAAUAUCAUCAAUCCUUCUGUCUUUCCAAGCUCACACCUGAACUAAUGCCUUACAGCGCCAGAGACCCAGGUCUGAUCCUGACCACAGGUGCUGUCUGCACGAAGUUUGUACGUUCUCCCUGUGACCCCAUGGGUUUUCUUUGGGUGCUCCCGUUUCCUCCCACAUUCCAAAGACGCACAGGUUUGCAUGUUAAUUGGCUUCAGUAAAAUUGUAAAAUGUCCCUAGUGGUGUAGUGCUAGUGCUAGCGUACGGGGAUCGCUGGUUGGUGCGGACUCAGUGAGCUGAAGGGCCUGUUUCUGCGCUUUACCUCUAAAGUCUAAAGUAAUGUAAUGGGAUAAGAUUCCAUUUAAAAAAAUUAAUUCAUAAAGAUUUUCUCUUAUUCUGCAGACAAAAUAUUGACCAAACAUAUGAUUUUAUUAUGCAAGUAGGUAUAGGAAGUAGGGAAAGGGGCCUACCCAGGUAGAGAAAGUACAUGUUCCUUAUCAAUUGCUCAUUGAUUAACUGACCCUGUCUAACAGUCGCUAUUAGGCGAGGGGAAACAACCAAUAUCAGAAUACUUUAUGCACCACAAACUAUUGCUUUCCACCGCAACCAAAGCUUUAAACAAAUCCCAAGGACUCUUAGUAGAAACAAGGAACUGCAGAUGCUGGUUGCACAAAAGGACACAAAGUAUUGGAGUGACUCAGCGGGUCUGGCAGCAUGUAUAGAUGACAUUUCAAGUCACGACCCUUCUUCAGAUUAAUCCUGACCCGAAUCAUCAUCUAUCCACGUUCUCCAGUGAUGCUGCCUGACCCGUUGAGUUACUCCAACACUUUGUGUCUGAAGGACUCUUGCUCCCACUACCAAUCUGAAAAUGAAUUCCACAUUCAUUGCUCUCUGCGGAAGGGAUUUACUGGUCUCUACGCUUUGAAUUUGGUGGACUCCCAUUUACCCCCAAUUAAUGAAAGUGGCUCACUUCUAUUUACCUUGCUUCAACUCUCAAUCUUAAACUCUUCCAUCCCUGCUACCCCGCACUGUGCGUUGAAUAAUCCCAUCCAUUUCCUCCUACCAGAUAACCUCUCAGUAAAUCUGAGCAGUGUCUCUCAGGGUCUCACAUAGGUUCCUGAAGUGUGGAGUACAAGCAAACUGUAGUCUUCAUCAUGACUUAUCAUUACGACUUUAGACUUUAGAGAUACAGUAUGGAAACACUGAGUCUGUGUUGACCAGCGAUCGCCCAUACUCCAGCACUAUCCCACACACGGGGGAUAAUUUACAAUUUCCAGAAGCAAAUUAAACUAUGAAGCUGUACUUCAUCGGAGUGCGGAGGGAAUUGGAGCACCUGGGAAAAACCCACACCGUCACAGGGAGAACGUACAAACUCCGCAUAGACAGCCGUGUCUCCGGCACUUUGAGGCCGCAACUCUUCCGCUGCUCCACCGUGCCGGCCUGCUGACUUGACUUUUAUAUUUUACAUCCUUUGUGGUAAAAUACAACAUUCUGUUAACUUUCUUUACAAGCUUUACAACUCAAAGGGAUGAUCCUCCAAAUAUCAUUGCUAUUUCAGUGAGCUGCCUGCUUUCAUUCAGAGUUUAAUUACUGCUUUCUUCUAAACUAAUCUAUCACCUCAGACCUGCUGCCACUGAAUUCUAGCAUAUUUUCCCAUGUCAAUAAUCCCGAUUGGUUUACUUAGUAACAAACUGCACUGUUUGGUAUCACGGUAGAUUUUACCGUCAGUCCCUUUAGACAUGUUUGUAAAUCAUUGCGUGUCUGUGAACAAUAAAUGACCACCACUACGCUUCCAGUUGCUCUGGGAAACCACCUCUACAUCUUUGUUUUCAGCCUUCUUAACUAGGUUUAAAUCCAUUUUCAUCUUCUCCCUCUAAUUGCAGGAACCUUAAUCUUUUAUAUGAAUCUCCUGUGUGAUAUCUUAUCCACCAAAACCUCUGCAUUACACAGCUUGCUCAAGUACAUUGCCAGCUAAUAUAAGUCCCACAGUUUUAUUUCUUUGAACUUUUACGGGUUUAUCCUGAGAUUUUUGUUUUGUUUUCUCUCAGAUCCAUUGAGUAGAUCUGUUCCCAAUCAUCUGAGAUCCCUCUGGGUUUUACACUUUGAGCAUAAGAACGUGGGAAUGCAAGGGUUUAGGAAGCACCCAGCUCGAUAUUGGCACUCAUGAGCCUCAUCAUCAUCAUAGCACCAUUCAUGAGGUUGGUCCUUGAUUAUGCCGAUGGCUUUUCAGAGGCAGCAUGGUGGGGAUGGAGUCAAUGGAAGGGAGGAUGGUUUGUGUGAUUAAUCAAUCUAUGACUGGCCUCACCUUCAUCGAAGGAGCGAUCAUCGACUCUCAUAGAAAUAGUACAGCACAAGAACGGGGUUGAGUCUGAAUAAGGGUUUCGACCCGAAUAGUCACCUAUUCCUUUUCCCAGAGAUGCUGCCUGGCCCCUAAGUUACUCCAGCAUUUUUGUGUCUAUCUUCGGUGUAAACCAGCAUCUGCAGUUCCUUCCUGCAUAGGAACAGGCCCUUCAGCCCACAGCUCAGGUGCUGCUUCACCUACUUUGCAUUUCCAGCACGUUCUACUGUUAAUUUUAAAUUCCCAGCAUCUAAAAUAACUUGCUUUUGUAUUCUCGUUGUUGAAUGACAGCAGUAGGAGCG